AUGGACCAUCAAUUGGCGAAAAAGGGUUUUGAUUAUGCCCGGAAAAGGAAGAAAUGGCUCUUUGUAGCUGCUGCUUUAGGCUUCUCUGGUUAUGGCGUGUACAGGGUUUAUAACUUGCCUUCAGUAUCUCAAAAAAGAAAAAGAAUUUUAAAGCUUUUAGGAGCUUUAGUUUCUAUAGUUGAAGUAGUUUCAGACUCUGCUGAGUCAAUUGGAGUUGUCUCUAAGGAUUUGAGGGACUUUCUGAAAUCUGAUUCUGACAAAAUUCCAAAUAGCUUAAAGCAAGUUUCCAAAAUCACAAGGUCGGAUGAGUUUUCAGAAUCUGUGGUUAAGCUCACACAGGCUGUGACUUUGGGAGUUUUGCGGGGUUAUCGAUCGGAGGCAAGGAAUGAUGGGGACAAUGGAAUUUCUAGUAAUUCAAGCUUUACAGACCAGGUUAUGGAUAAGCUUUUUACCACCGCCGGGUCUGGUUUUGUUUCAGUUGUUGUUGGAAGCUUUGCUAGGAAUUUGGUAUUAGCUUUCUAUUCAGAUGAGAAGUCUGGUGGAGGAUCUAAUUCAAACAGUUCCCCAAGUAUGGACCAUUUUGUUUCGGAAACAAAUUCUGUUCCAACAUGGGUGGAUGUGGUUUGUGACAAAAAGUGCAGAGACCUGAUUGGUGAUUGUAUCCAGUUAUUUGUAAGCACAGCUGUUGCUGUUUAUCUUGACAAGACUGUGAAUAUCAACACCUAUGAUGAUAUCUUCUCUGGGUUAACUAACCCCAAGCAUGAAACAAAAGUGAGAGACAUGUUGUCAUCUGUAUGUAAUGGCGCGGUGGAAACUCUUAUCAGAACAUCUCACCAAGUGUUGGCAAAUUCAACUUCAAAGGGCAAUCCUUCAAAUUUGAAUUCGAGUUCUUAUCUGGCACUUGAUGAAAGACAAACUCCAGCUCGAGAUGAGGGGUUCAGUGAAAAGGCAUUAUCGAUGCAUUCAAAGGCAACAAAUGUGGAUGAUGAGACGAAAGACAGUGGUUGGGUUGGAAAAGUGUCCUCUACUUUGGCAGUGCCAAGCAAUAGGAGGUUUGUUCUUGAUGUGACUGGGAGGGUUGCAUCUGAAACCGUCAGAUCAUUCUUGGAGUUUUCGUCGGAGAAAAUAUUUGAUGGGAUGAAAGGAUAUGCUAAUUCUGUUCGUGAGGAAACUGUGGACAAGGGUUUUGGGAUAGUGAGAUAUGCUAAUUCUGUUCGUGAGGAAACUGUGGACAAGGGUUUUGGGAUAGUGAGAUAUGCUGCUGGAAAGUCCUCUGUUAUUGCUACUGUAUGGCUAUCUUUGUGUUUACACAUAAUGGACAGCCCAUGGGCUUUGGUGCCAGCUUAG